CAGACAUUGUCGUGCAGUAGUGCUAUGCACCUUGAUCCAUAUAUGACAAGUGGUCAUAGCAAGAUCUACUCGGCUUGUUAAACUGUAGGGAAUACACGAUGCAGGCUUUAUUCAAGUCUCUGGAAAAAGAAACGCUGGAACCAGUGGAAGGCCGAGUUACGGGUACAAUUCCCUCCUGGCUUAGUGGCAGUUUCUAUAGAAACGGACCUGGGAAAUACGAAGUUGGUGACACAAAAUACAAUCAUCUCUUCGACGGGUUGGCACUUCUCCAGAAAUUCAGCAUAAAGGAUGGACGAAUAUCAUAUCAAAAUAAGUUUCUGAAAAGUGAAACUUUUCUGAAAAACAUGAAAGCCAAUAGAAUUGUUGUGUCUGAGUUUGGGACUCUUGCACAUCCGGAUCCUUGUAAAACUCUGUUUCAAAGGUUUUUCUCCUACUUUUAUCUGGAUGAAGAUGAAAUGAUGACGGAUAACUGCUCCGUAAAUAUUUUCCCAAUGGGAGACCAGUUGUAUGCCUCCACUGAGACAAAAUGGCUGCGAAAGAUUGACCCUGAAACUUUGGAGACGCCAGGCAGGGUAGAUAUCACCCAGUUUGUUGCCACUAAUUCCGCUACUGCACACCCCCAUCAUGACAGAGACGGGUGUGUCUACAACAUAGGAAACUGCUUCAAGGGAAGACCGAGGCUUGCCGUUAUCAGAUGGAACCCCCCAUCGAAAGAGGCUCCGGAUCAAAUCCAGAACGCAGAGUUGGUAGCCUCGCUGCCCAGCCCGUACUAUGUGAAAUACAGCUACUCCCACAGCUUUGCUCUGACAGAGAACUUCAUAGUAGUGAUACAACAGCCUCUGAUCAUUAACGUGCUCUCAAUCCUGACGGCCAAGAUUAGAGGAACGCCCUUUGCCAACGGGAUGUAUUGGGAUAAAAAUUGCAAGACUGUGUUCCACAUCAUCAACAAGAAGACAGGAGAGGCAAUUAACCCUGGUUACAACUAUGUUGGGGACCCACUACUUCUCUUCCAUCACAUCAAUGCUUAUGAAGAAGAUGGUCACGUGGUUGUUGACGUCUGCUCUGCUGAAGACGGUUCCACAUUCGACAUGAUAUUUCUGGACAAACUUCAGUCAGAGGAUUUCAAGAAGUUGAUGAAGAAGAAUGGUAAUACAUUCCCAAGGCGGUUCGUGCUUCCACUCAAUAUUGAUAAAAAGGCAAGUAAUUUAGUGACUCUUAGAGACACAAGAGCAACGGCAACCAUGUCAGGAAAAAACGAAAUAUUCUGCAAGGACGAACGUUUGAGUGAUAUCUUGACGGAGUUCCCUAUGGUGAAUUAUGAACUAGUUAACGGCCGGAAGUACCGUUACAUGUACGGCAUAUCGACAAACGUUGUGGGGGACUACUCCACUGGGCUGGUGAAGACUGAUGUUCAAAAUAAGACAACCGUGAGGUGGGAUGAGACCGACUGCUACCCAUCAGAACCCUGGUUUGUGCCCUCUCCAGACAGCAAGGAAGAGGAUGAUGGAAUCGUGUUAUCGUCUGUGCUGAAUGAUGUGACCAUGAAAACCUUCUUGCUUGUCUUGGAUGCCAAAUCAUUCACGGAGUUGGGAAGAGCUGAAUUUGAUGUAGCGCCUCCUAUGGGAUUUCACGUCAGAUUCAUCGACAAUGAAACGAUAAGAGGGCUGAAGAAGGAGUGAACAUUUUUGAGACUAUUCUUACUGAAAUAACUCGAGUACCAAAACCAUAAUAUUUUCAUCGGUAUAUCGGUAUAACGGCUAAAAUGCUGCAGCAAUGUAUAACCCGUCGGUGUGCAUACACAUGCCAGUCAAUCAUGUUAGGUUUGAGACUGCUUUCAUAGCGUAUAAACAUUCUUUUCCGCUUUUAUCUCUUUAUAUAAUGGAAACGGAAACAUUUAGCACUUUGUGCCUCUUUAAAAUAUCACACCUUUAAAAUCAUCAACAAAUGAUGGCGAAUGUGAUGUAAUUUUUAUUUGUUAAUAUUGAGAACCGGUGGUUUCACUGUAAGUGGGGAUGGAACACCUUCGUUUUAUUAAAGUAUAUAUAAUAAGUUUAUUAUUUAUUAAGAGUGGAAACUAUGAAGCGUAUUGCGUGAUGAGAGUUAAUGAUGCUGGAAACGUUUACGAACAUUUAUUGUGAUACAAAAUUGCACUCAAUUGUAGUAGAGCCAUGUCGCGUUACUACUCGGUAAAAAUGAAGUUUAUAUCAAUUAUUAUUAUAAAUAAUGUCGAAUGAAAUGAAUUAAUGCUAAAUUAAUUCAAAAUACAGAAAAAUGUAAACUACCUUUGGACUAUUGGUUUAAAAAGAUGUCACUGAAAUAUAUAUAACUAUACUUUUCAAGCCAGUUUUUAUAGGCAUUUUCCUACUUGUACGACUAAGUACAGAUUAAGGUUGAAUUAAGGUUCACUUUAACUUAAACUCCUUUCAUUAUGCUUUUUUCACAAGUAACAACCCAACCGCCAACGCCUAUUAAAGUAGAGCAUUGGGGUUGGAGAUGGGACAUAAUUGGCGGAUGACAAUACAUUUUCCUAUUUAUCCUUGCCUUGAUUUUAAUACAUUUUUGUCCUUAAAUAUCGAACAAUUUGUUUUUGUCCAUGAUGCACUUUCCAUUCAAUGUUAUAAUCAUCUCAUCAUUAUUGUAUAAUAAAACGUUAA